AUGAAGCUCUCGACCACCACCCUCUCCUCCAUCCUCAUGGCCACCUCGGCCCUCGCCGCCCCCCUCACCGAAGCCCGCCGCGAAGCCCGUGCCCUGCGCGCCCGCGGCCCCUCCAACCGCGCCUCGCACCCGCCCUACAAGGUCGACACCACCGAGCUGCUCACCCUCACCAACGAAACCCAAGUCGAGUACAGCUCCAACUGGGCCGGCGCCGUCCUCAUCGGCACAGGCUACACCGCCGUGACGGGCGAGUUCACCGUCCCGACGCCGUCCCUCCCCACCGGCGCAAACCGCUACUCGCAGUACUGCGCCUCCGCCUGGGUCGGCAUCGACGGCGACACCUGCGGGACCGCGAUCCUCCAGACGGGCGUCGACUUCUGCAUCCAGGGGUCUUCCGUCAGCUUCGACGCCUGGUACGAGUGGUACCCGGACUACGCGUACGAUUUCUCCGGCAUCUCCAUCAGCGCCGGCGACACGAUCCGCGUGACGGUUGACGCGACGACCCUGACGGCCGGCACUGCCACCGUCGAGAACCUGUCCACCGGGCAAUCCGUCACGCAUACCUUUACCGGCGGUGUGGACGGCGACCUGUGCGAGUACAAUGCCGAGUGGAUCGUUGAGGACUUCGAGAGCAACGGCGAGCUCGUCCCCUUUGCGGACUUUGGCACCGUGACCUUCACGAGCGCUGAGGCGACGCAGAAUGGACGGACGGUUGGGCCCAGCGGCGCGACGCUGAUUGAUAUCCAGCAGGGGCGCAGUGUUCUUACCGAUGUGUCGGUUUCGAGCGACUCGGUUACGGUUAGCUACGUCUAG